AUGAAUGGCAUAGGCGACAAGAAUGCUUCCUUACCUGACAACACUGGAGCAACUGGACAAAAGAUCACUCUCCUAGAACUUUUCCAAUCACAGUCUUGUGAUUCUUGCCCGCCCGCCAACGAGACACUCAUCAACUUUGUUUCCAAACCCGGAGCUGAAGCUUCAUAUCUCUUGCUCACAUACCACGUCACGUACUGGAAUCACUUGAGCUGGCGUGAUACGUUCUCAUAUCAGGACUUCGAUGUGAGGCAGCGCGAGUACGUCCGCCGGCGUGGGAAUCCACAAGGCGUCUACACGCCCAUGCUCAUCGUCAAUGGACGUAGCAUGGGCGUCGGGAAUACCAAGGAGGCCGUGACUAGGCUUAUCGCAGAGGGACGACCGGAAGAUUCGAAUAGCGGUCCUUUCCCAAAGGGCCAGGCGAAACUGGGGGUGGAGACCAACCAGUAUGGGGAAAGAGUCGUCAAUGUGGACGCUUCAACUUUGUCCUCGGAAAUGGGAGAGGGAGAUCUCCAUAUCUGGGUUAUCCGAUAUACUCAUUCGCCAAAGGAUGUCCUAGUAACCAGGGGGGAGAAUGCAGGGCGAACACUUCGCCACCGAAAUGUGGUCACCAGUCUGACUAGAAUAGGAUAUCUACAACGUGGGUGUGUUAAACCGUACACCCUACCACCAAAUGAUAAGCCCAAUGGUGAAGGAAGAGCUGUUGUGGUGCAAGAUGGUACAGGUGGGGAAAUUAUGGAUGUUAUCGUGCUAUGA